AUGUGGUCCAUUGUCCGUAUCCUUUUCACACUUGGCCUGAUAGCCACUUCUCUGCCUGCUGUAUCUGGGCAUGCUACGAGUAAACCAACAAAAUUACGCACCGUCGUCACAACCGACAUGGAGCAGGACGAUCUCGCCUCGCUCAUCCGAUACCUACUUUACACAAAUGAUCUCGAUACCCAAGGCAUCAUCUAUAGUUCUAGCGUAUGGCACUGGGCCGGCAAUGGCAACGGCACGUCGCUGCGCUGGACCGGAAACCGAACUAUUGAGGAUAUAGUCCUUAAGGCUUACGCAGAGGUUUACCCGAACCUUCGUCGCCAUGAUCCAUCUUACCCAACCCCAAAGGAGCUCCUGUCUACGGUCAGAAUUGGCAACAUCGACUUUGAGGGUGAGAUGAAUAAAGACACCGCUGGCUCUGAUCUCAUCAAAGAGCUAUUGCUGGACGAUGAUCCACGAAAGCUAUACUUGCAGGCCUGGGGUGGCACCAACACUAUCGCUCGUGCCCUCAAGUCAAUCGAGGACCAAUAUUCCAAAUCACGCAAAUGGGCACAAACCAAGGAUAAAAUCUCCCGCAAGGCUAUCAUAAUGGCUAGUGGCUUCCAGGACGAUACAUACGCUGAUUAUAUCGCUCCCCACUGGCCCCAAAUCCGGGUCGAGGAGCUGUCAGCUGGCUACGCCCUCUGGGCAUACAAUUGCAAUAAUGGCCAAGGCAACAUUCGCGGUCUACCCAGCGAUAACUUGUAUUUCACUGGUAAAUGGAUCAGGCCAAAUAUCGAGAUGGGUCCGUAUGGAAAGCUCUACCGCGCCUGGCUCGACGGUCAGUCCAUGCCAGGUGAUCCAGAGGAUGUUUUCGGCAAUAAAACGAAAGCAGCUGCUAGCUGGUGCAAACCACUUGACCCAUACGACUUUCUUUCCGAGGGCGAUAAUGUGGCUUUCAACCCCCUCUUGACCACCGGUCUUCAGGACCCAACUAACCCGAAUCUCGGUGGCUGGGGCGGCCGAGCAAAACAAAACUCUACUUCUCCGGAUCUGUGGGUGAUGGUUCAGAGUGAGGUCGCCCAAAAUGGCAGCGAAGUAGACUUGUACACUAUGAGCCGUUGGAUAGCGCCAAUUCAGAACGACUUUGCGGCCCGCAUGCAGUGGACAGUGACACCGAAAUACCGCGACGGAAACCAUGCGCCCACUGUUAGGAUUCUGAAUGAUGGCAUAGUGAAGGGGUUUCCUGGUGCUACAGUCACACUGGCCGGUGCAGUUUACGAUCCAGAUAAUGACAACGUCAACACUUCCUGGUGGCAGUAUUUCGAGGAAGGCACAUACCCCGGCACCGUGUCUGUAGCUGCCCAGGGAAAAAGCCAGGCGAGUUUGAAGAUUCCAGCUGAUGCAAAACGCGGUCAGACUAUUUCGAUCAUUCUGGAGGGAAUUGACGAUGGGCAUUUUCCUUUGACUCGCUAUGACCGUGUUGUUGUUCAUGUCAUUUAA